AUGUUCGGAGAUCUCAUACCCCACAUCAGCAGCGUCAGGAGAAGGCCCCUUUUCCACAACCAGAAGCGAUUCGCCUACUACCGCUUCCACAAGCGAGUGGGUAAGGGAUCAUGGAGCAAGUACGUUGAGAGGUUCAAACCCCCAAGGAGCAUCGAAAACACACAGAGACUCAUCUUUAACUAUGAACCUACGUAUUCAGAAAAAAAAACGUCCUGCAGCUGGCUAUGGCUGCUCCCGAAAAAAAUCGCGCAAGCCACAACAUCGGAUGAGGUAUUAAAUGUGUGGGUAUACUACCGACACAAGAGAAAAAAAUCGUAUCAUUAUUUAAAGGUUCUAAAAAGGUUAGUCGACGUGGGGACCUGCUCCACCGAUGACUGGAGAUUCAAAUUAAUCACCUCCAGAGUACAGAACAAAAUAAAUACCUUUCUGAACCUCCCCAGAAUAUGCUACUACUAUGGCAGGUUAAAAGCCACAGCUCAGUUAGAAGGGAUGACUAAAAUGAUAAACCAUCGAUUAAGUUGUUAUCUUCCUCAUCAGUUGAUUUUAAUUCUGCGAAGUUUUGCCCUUUGUGAACUCCAAGACAAGCAACUGUUCUGCAAAAUCAGGGAUCAGCUCAAACCCCACGUCUGCACACUCUCAUUUUCACACUUGUCUGCAAUCGUGCAGAGCUAUGCAUCCUGCAUGAUACAUGAUUUCUUAUUCCUCAGUGUACUGGCCAAUGAAGUUAUGCUCAGGGUUAAGCUAUGCAACGAGCGCACUAGCGGCCCACUCAGCGAAUACAAUGCAAAGGUGGAAGGGGGGGUAGCGGAGAUUCCUGGUGCCUUGGGAGAGUCACCUCUCCUGAGGGAUAUCUCCACUGAGAAUAGCCUUGUGCAACACAAACGGGAGCAGUUCUCAUACUACCCCCAAAUGGAGAGUCUAGUCGACAUAGCGGUCUCCUUCGCAAGCCUGAAAUUUCAGAACUACCUAUUUUUUGACUACAUAAGCAGAAUCACCAUAUACAUGCUGAGAGAUGCCCACAAAAAUGCCCUGAAUCCCUACCUCCUGGAAAAAAUAGCUACCUCCUUCUGUAAAUUAAAAAUAAACGAUGUAGUUCUAUUUGAGCAUAUCCUUAGACAUAUACGCAUAUACACGUAUGAUUACCCCCCCCAAGUUCUAUGCACAAUCGGGUGGUUGUUCUCGUCCAUACUGCCACUACACUACGGAGCAAUCAAUCGGAUUUACAAAAAAAUGAUGUCACACAUAUAUCAAAAUGCAUGUAUCCUAACCAUGGAUUCCUUAACCAAGUUCUCCUCCUUCGUACAUAAAGGGACCACGAACAACAGAACCAAAAAGGAGUUCCUAUUUCGAGUAAACGACCUUAUUAAGAAGUCAGACAAUAGGCACUCCAAAAUGAUGUAUGAUGCUCCCAGGCUCUUGGAGAUUUUAUCCUUCCAUGAACUCCUGGAUCAAGAUUCUUUUCAAAUUAUUUGUAAACAUAUGCACGGGAAUAUUAAGUACUUCGAGCCAUGUGACUUUAACAGAGCUGCUAGGGCUCUGAACCAUGCAAAGAAGAAAUUCAACUUCGAGGAUGAAAAGAUUAUCAACGCGCUGGCAAGGAAUGUCAUUAAACAACAUGAUAUUUUUCACAUUAUAGACUACCACCAAUUUUGUAAAUCCAUUUUAAAUACAAGUGGAUUGAAGGAUACAUACAAAAUUUCCUUGUUCAAGUAUCACAACAGUGUUCCUUUUUUUGGAUUUGAUGAAUUAACACUGGAAGGUGACGUACCCGUGCAGGAAAAAGAAAAUCCACACAGGUACAGGAAGGGUACCAUCCGUUUUGCCAACAAGAAAUUUGAGCAAGAGUAUCCCCUCCAUAAGUCACUGGCUGACGCGUAG